AUGAAUCGAAGCUGUGGAGGGUGUUUGGAUGCGGAGUCACCCAUCAGAAUAAGCUUCAAGAAGCUGCAUCAAUGGCCAGAGUCAGAGGCAGAGUUCUUGAAGUUGAUUGCAAAUAAGGAGAAUUCAAAGCCCUGCCACGAGAGAUACAGCAGCAGGCAGAAGUAUCUGAGGAGUUAUACUUUCAGCAGGAAACAGACACUUGCAGAGAAGACAAGGAGGUGGUUUUUGAAGACGAAAAAUAUCAAGGAGACCAAGGAAAGGAAGAUGGGUUGUGGGGUUAUCAAAGAAAGCUUUUGUUCGGGUUUUGGAGCUGUUUUCAACAAUCUCUUUGCCUGCAUUGCUACUGUAGAUGUGGAGUAA